CGUGCGCGAUUUUGAAAGCCCGGCGGGUUCCCUUUGGAACAACGGUAGCCGAGUCCGUGUGUUGGCUGGUCGGACUCCACCCCCUCACCCCUGGCUGCCGCGGAGUGUUGGGGGCCGCUCGGGACCAGUUUUCAAGACAGCCUUUCCCUGGACGUCUCGUCGUCCCACCUCGUGGUUCUGCCCACGGCAGCUCCUCAUUUAUUUUGUGCCUGGAUUUGCCUCUUCUGGAUAUUGUGUGGAAAAACAAUCAUAUACGUGGCCUCUUGUGUCUGCUUUCUUUCACUUGGCAUAAGGACCUUAAGUGAUUAUUACAAUGGAAGAAACCAGUAAUUUCAAGACACCAAGCAGAUUAUCUGAAAAAAGGAAAUCUGCAUUAUGUUUAACUCCAUGUGUACAUAUUCCUGCCUCUCCAUUUAUGCAGAAGCUUGGCUUUGGUACUGGGGUAAAUGUCUACCUUAUGCAAAGAUCUCCAAGAGGUUUGUCUCAUUCUCCUUGGGCUGUGAAAAAGAUUAAUCUUAGAUGUAAUGAUGAUUAUCAGAGUAUGUAUCAAAAGAGACUAACUGAUGAAGCUAAGAUUUUGAAAAGCCUCAACCACCCAAACAUUAUAGGUUACCGUGCUUUCACUAAAGCUAGCGAUGGCAGUCUGUGUCUUGCUAUGGAAUAUGGAGGUGAAAAGUCUCUGAAUGACUUAAUAGAAGAACGAAAUAAAGAUAGCCGAGAUCCUUUUCCAGCAGCCAUAAUUUUAAAAGUUGCUUUGAACAUGGCAAAAGGGUUAAAGUAUCUGCACCAAGAUAAGAAACUGCUCCAUGGAGAUAUAAAGUCUUCAAAUGUUGUUAUUAAAGGUGAUUUUGAAACAAUUAAAAUCUGUGAUGUAGGAGUCUCUCUUCCAUUGGAUGAAAAUAUGACUGUGACUGACCCUGAGGCCUGUUACAUUGGCACUGAGCCUUGGAAACCUAAGGAAGCUCUGGAGGAGGAUGGUAUUAUUACUGACAAGGCAGACAUAUUUGCUUUUGGUCUUACUCUGUGGGAAAUGAUGACUUUAUCUAUUCCACACAUUAAUCUUCCAGAUGAUGAUGAUGAUGAAGAUAAAACUUUUGAUGAAAGUGACUUUGAUGAUGAUGCAUACUAUGCAGCUCUGGGAACUAGGCCACCUAUUAAUAUGGAGGAACUGGAUGCAACAUACCAGAAAGUAAUUGAGCUCUUCUCCGUAUGCACUAAUGAAGAUCCUAAAGACCGUCCUUCUGCCGCGCGCAUUGUUGAGGCUUUAGAAAUGGAUGUCCUGUGAUCACCUCAUACCCAUGACUGCUGGAGCCUCAAGUAUGGCUCAUGUAUAUAGGUAUUCUGUUUACCAUGAUACAUUUAUGUAGUUAUUAUGACGAUCCAUACUUACUAGAUGGAAGUGGCCUAUUUUAGGACCAUAGAUAGCACCUUAUUAACAUUUGAACAACUGUUUAUUAUAAAGGUAGUUCAUGUAUGCUUAUGUUAAUAAGCAUUUAAAAUUGUAGAGGGUUUUCUAUAAAGUGUAAGACCAGAGGCCUGGGAUGUGGCUCAUAAGAGGAGUUCCCUGGGUAUAUCCAAACAUUUUUGGUUAACGCUUGUCUUGUUCCAGAGCUUUGGUUUUUGCUUUAAUUUGUUGAAUGCAUUUUCUGUACUGGUAUCUUUAAUAUUUUUAUUUACUGAUCUAUAUCUUAAGCAUAUCACAGUAUUGGUGUAAAUAAAACUCUAAUAGGACAAUAUAGAAUAAAGGACAUGUCAGUUACCCA